CCUGAUAUAAAACUCCCCGGCUAGCAACCAGUGGAUCUGUCUGCAGCUCCGAAGUGCUCAUCCCGACCUCCUCUCAGCUUCAUUCCACUUUAUCUCCCUUUAAAACUUCAUCUAAAUUAUUCCAAACCACAAUGGCUGCUUAUAAACUCGUCCUGAUCCGUCACGGGGAGAGCAACUGGAACCAGGAGAAUCGAUUCUGCGGAUGGUUCGACGCGGAUCUGAGUGAGACCGGAGAGAAGGAGGCGAGGAGAGGCGGACAGGCCCUGAAAGACGCCAACUACGAGUUCGACAUCUGCUACACAUCGGUGCUGAAGCGUGCCAUCCGAACACUGUGGCACGUUCUGGACAGCAUAGAUCAGAUGUGGGUCCCAGUGCACCGUACGUGGAGGCUGAAUGAGCGGCACUACGGUGGCCUCACGGGGCUAAACAAGGCAGAGACCGCUGCCAAACACGGAGAGGCCCAGGUCAAAAUCUGGAGGCGCUCUUUUGACAUCCCCCCUCCCGUCAUGGGCCCCGAUCAUGACUACUACAAUAUCAUCAGCAAGGACCGUCGCUACGCAGACCUAACAGAGGACCAGCUGCCCUCCUGUGAGAGCCUGAAGGACACAAUUGCCCGCGCUCUGCCCUACUGGAACGAUGUGAUCGCUCCUCAGAUCAAACAGGGCAAGAGAGUGCUCAUCGCCGCACAUGGGAACAGCCUCCGAGGCAUUGUCAAGCAUCUGGAGGGGAUGUCUGACGAAGCAAUCAUGGAGCUCAACCUUCCCACAGGAAUCCCAAUCUUGUACGAGCUGGACAAAAACCUCAAGCCCGUCAAGCCUAUGCAGUUCCUGGGUGACGAGGAGACUGUGCGCAAAGCAAUGGAAGCUGUGGCCGCUCAGGGGAAGGCCAAGAAGUAAAGUUGGUCUUCUGAUAUUCUAUAGGAUUGAACACCGCUAAGACACAUCAGAACAGAGCAAGGCAGAGAGGAACAGCUCUUAAGAGAAUGUGAAAGUCAGCUGUAACAAAGAAUUUGUAUUUUAAGCAUAAAUUCUUCCAUGUACAUUUUGUUUUGUAAAAUCUAACAAAUGUAUUUUUAUCUAAGUAGUAGAGCUGUAGUCGACUGAAGAAAUUCUUGGUGGAUUUAAGACAUGUCCUGGCAAACGAGUGGCCGACUAAAAAAGGAGCAUGGCAGAAGCUGUCAUAACUGAGUAUCACCAUCUGACUCAAACUGCACUCACAAGACUACACCUGCAGGGGGAGUUCAUGUACAAAUGAUUUAUGCAGAAAAAGUACUAUUGUAAACAAUGUUGUUAUAUAAAGACAAAUUAAACUUGUGAAUCAUGAGUUUAAUCUGCCUUUUUACAUAUAAAUACCGAUCUUCAGCUAAUUCACUAUCUUCUCCUUUCUGCUCUUGCCCCAUUUAAAUGCUUAUAAUCUAAAUAAAAUAAUAAGUUGACCAAUACAAAUUUUGGUUGACUGACACCAUCAACCAAUUAAUCAACUUAAUGACUAAAGGCCUACAGCCCUAAAGAGUAGCCUGAAAUGUAAACUCUAGAAUAGUGUUAAUAAAUAAUUGCGAGCGUGCACUGUAUUUGGAUGGCUACUGAUUAGUCAAAAGGAAAUUUCUGUCAUAUUUAUUUAAUGUUUUCAUCUAUUAGAAAAUGCAUAAAUGUAGUUGGGCGAUGUGUUUUGCAAUCUCUUGAGAGCCAGAUGGCACCAAAGGGUCAGUUCAUGUCUUAAUCCUGUUUGAGCUCAUCCUUAAAAUAUGAUUUAAUUACCUUUCCUUUGUAUUGGCACUGUCUGAUUGUAAGUGCUGUUAGUGUUGUAAACAGUCCAUUGUUAGGGCUUCGGCAUAUGUUCUUAUGAUGUAUUGUAUGUAGACUUUGGAACAACAUCUUAAACUUGAAACUCUGUCCUGUUGCUAACAUAAUAUGAAAUGGUUUAGUUUAAAGAUACCUGCUGAGCGUGCUUGACUUAUUGUCUCAUUGUGCAAUAAACAUUAUUAAAUGGCA